AUGGACAGCGUUGAGGAAAUUUUAAAUCCCAGAAAAACUGAUCAAAAUGAUAGAAAUAUUAUGCAAUUCAAACACAUAUUUUUAUCUCCAAUACCAAGGGGAACUAUCUCUAUAGUUUUAGGUUCAAUCUGGAGUAAGCCAUUUGAUGCAAUAUCUCCAAUACUGUUCAAUCUGGCGCUCGAAAAAGUUUUUAGAGAUAUAUCAGUGACUCACGAAAUGGUGCUGAAUAGCAAAAAUAUGGUAACUAUAAUUUGA